GGAGAGGCACUCUGAGGCGAGCGGGCUCCGGCGCGGACGUGGCGUCGAGUGCUCUGCGCGGCGGAGGAGCGUUUCCCGGCCGGAAAGGCGGCUCUGCGGAGGCUAAACGGAGCCAUAGCCGCGAAUAUAUAGGCUGCCUCGUCCUAUAAUGUGACCCCCCCCCGGGGGCCUCAGGAGGCGGGCCUUGGGAAGGAGGGCCCUGGUCGCCAUGGCAACCCCGUCGGUGGGCGUGGCCCGCGUCCUGCCCAGCGGAAAGGUCUACCGGCAGGUGUUCGACGACGAGGUCAGCCUGGUGCGCUCCUUGGGGGCUUCCCGGAGCAAGCGUGCGCAGCAGAAGGCGGUCCCCCCGCCCCCCGGGGCCGUUCCUUUGGUGCGUGACCCCGACGCGUGCUCCGGCCAUGGCUUCCUCUCCCAGCGGCAGCAGGACUGGGUCCAGGGCAUGCCCAAUGACGACCGCAUCGAGAACCCCGUCCUCUGCAGGGAAGCCGCUGCCUUGGCCUUCCGAAGGAACCAAGAAGGCGACAAUGUGGUGGCGGCCAGAGAAGUCCGGGGCCUGGCCGAAGUCGUCAUUCCGGAGAAGAAGCACAGCGACAUCCUGGAGCGUCUCUCGGAGAGCCGGAAGCGCCGCUUCGAGGGAGGCCUGGCCGCUCUGAGGCAGGACUUGGCGCAAGUGGGGAAGGAACUGGAGCGCUGCCUCGUGGAGCCCGGGAAGCAGUUCCUGGCCAACCUCUCGGCCUCCGACCAAAGCAUCGAGCGCCUCUUCCAGAGGCUGGCCGACGACGCUGCCCUCCAGGCCUACACCAUACAGGACUUUGAGGAGAUCUGGGGCCUGGCCUCGCGGGAGACCCUGCAGAGGCAGCAGUGGCUGCGGGACCUGGAGGAGGCCUUGCUCCGCGCCGAGCGGGAUCGCGCCGAGCGGAUCAAGCUCCUCUUGGCCAAAUACACCCAGAUCCUGGAGGACGUGGCUUACCUCUUGAAGGCCGACGUCCAUCGCCUCGUCCACAAGGAAGCCAUGACGAUCAACCAGGCGCUGCUGGCCAACCGGAGGGCCAUUGCGCGGCUGGUGCGCAACCUGGCCGAGGCCGACCUGAAGCGGGAGGCGGCGCAGCACCGGCGCAUGGAGGAGCGCAGGCGCACCUGGAAGGCCCUGCAGAAGGAGGCCGUGGUGGCCGCAUUCAGGGAGUUCAUGGGCAGCGAGCGGAUCCAGAAUCCGGCGGCGGUGGAAACGGAGCUGCAGCAGAUGAGGAAGGAGCAGCUGGCGCUCACGGAGGAGAGGAGGGCCCUGCUGUGGUCCCUGAGCGAUUUGCUGCCUCUGCCUCCUUCCAAGGCCAAGGUGAAUGAAUGGUAUGAAUCCCUCGUGGCUUUGAACAAGCGCAUCGACACGCACAACGUCCAGUUCAUGAUGAGGAUCCGCAUCCAGUACGAGAAGAUCUGCCAGGAGUGUCUCUCCAAAGUCCAGGAGGCCAAGCAAAAGCUGCUGAAGAUGAAGGUCUGCACCGAAGAGGAGGCCGAGAGGGUCGUGAACCCGGACUUCUUCCAGUGGGUGGGGAGGCUCCAGAGCCGCUUUGAGGCCGAGGUGGAGAAGAUGGACAGCGACCUGGAGCGCCUGGCCAAGCACACGGAGGUGAACUGCCGGCACCUGAGCCAGUUCUUCCAGGAGGCCCUGAUCCUGCGCGACACCCACCGGCAGCGCCUCCUCCGCCUGGAAGAAGAGCUCCACGCACGGAUGAACGAGGGGCGCCUCAAGCACGAGAGUCUCAACAAGUUGCGGGAGGGCCACCUGGACGUCUCUGUGGACAGGCUGCGCGUGCAAAGCUCGGACGAGAAGCUCAAGGCCCAGCUGGAGAAGGUCCACGCCGCCCUGGACUUCAUCCGGGCCGGGUACGUGGUCUUCCACCAGGACCUUUGCGCCUGCGCCUCGACCUACCCGGACCACGUCCAGCGCGAACUCUGCUCCUACAGCACCUCCCUCAGCCGAUACUUCCACCUCCGCGACGUCUUCCGGGGGAAACCAGUAAGAAGAAUAGUGUCCGCAGCUGAAGAGGAAGCAGAACCGGCUGGAAAUGUGGAAGGAGGAGGAGGAGGAGAAGGAGGAAGAGAAGACGACGGAGGAGGAGGAGGAGGAGAAGAGAAGGAGGCGGAAGUGGAGCCCGGAAGCGGAGAGGAGAGGAAGCAGGAGGAGGAAGAGAAAGACGGAGGAGGAGGAGAGGCGGCACACAGCAGCGCCAAGGAGGAGGAAGAGGAGGAGGAGGAGGGCUCUGCCCCAGAGAGUGAGGGCUCUCCUGGAAAUGUCCGGGAAGAAGGCGGAACAGGAGCCGAGGAGCCGGCCCCUCCUCCGCCCCCGCCUUCGGAAGGCUCCGAGCAGGAAGAGGAAGGGGAGGAGGAAGAGGAGGAGGGGUCCUCCUUCUCCACGUCCCGCGGAAACACCUACCGCGUGAACCUUCGCCUGCGGAAGUCCCAGAUCCGGAAGCCGGAGAAGUACUUCGCCGGGAAGCUGAAGGGCCAGCUCUUGCCCGCCUACCUGGAGCAGGCCUACCUCUCCGAGGCCUUCGUGGCCGAGCUCAGGAGGAGGGUCCGGCUGCAGUUCUUUGAGCACCUGGAGGCCUGGUUUGCGGAGCAGACCGCGCAGGCGGAGGCCGUGACCGCGGCCAAGAAGGAGGAGCUGCAGUCGGAGCUCCAGCUGCGCCUCCACCUGCACGAGCCCCGCCGCGGCCGCAUCGAGAAGGACGUCUUCCACCUCCGGGCCGCGGAGCUGCGCCUGCACAGCGAGCGCCUGGUGCGCCACUGCGCGGGGGUGGUGGAGGCGCUGCACAAGGAGCGCGGGGCCUUCCUGCGCCUGCGCGACGAGCAGAACCAGCUCAGCCGGACCUUCCGCCUCCGCAUCCAGGACAUGGAGAACGUCUUCCUCACCGAGAGCCGGGCCGACAGGCUGGUCCACCUCAGCAACAACCUGCACGUGGAGCUGCUGAACCACGUGGAAGUCAUGCAGGUCUCCCUGCGCAGCUACCGCUACUACCUGGAGGAGGCCUUCGGGAAGCUGCGCGAGGCCAACACCGAAUUCCUGCGCAGCUGCAGGUUGUUCUCCAACGGAGGGAACUUCUCCCCGGAGGAGCUGGAGUCCUUCAUGAAGCGCCUGCAGAAGGAGAGCGGCAGGAUCGACUACGCGGAGGGACUCAUCAUGAUCGACAUGGAGAAGAUGGAGUCCAGCUACCUGGAGCAGGCGACAGAGGUGAUCAGCAAGUUCGACAACCGCUUCCGCUUCCUGACCAUGGACCGCGUCUUCAUGGACAAGAUCCAGCGCUUCCUGACCAACAUCCAAGUGAAGAUCAAGGCGGAGGUGGCCAAAUCCAACCUGCAGACGCAGACCCUCAACGGCCUCCUGGAGAAGCUGCUCCUGCGCAUCGACGCCUGCCUCCAUCCCAACGUUGACAAGGAGACGGUGACUCCGGAGGGUCUCUAUGAUUUUGCCAAGUCUGUGAUGGAGGAGCUGAAGCAGCGCAGCAAGUACCUCAACUGCCUCCUGUUGCCGCCCCCGCCCCCGGACCCGGCCGCUUCCUGGCCGCGGAGGGGCUCGGUGAGCGUGUCUCUGCAGUCGGAGGAGGGGCGCGUGGAAGCCCCCCCGAUGGUGAUGGGCGUGGAGCGCACGGCCCUGAUGCUUCCCAGCCGCAUGGGCCGCCCCGCCUUGGAGGACCCCGCCCUCCCCCUCAUCAAGCACCUUGGCGGGUUCCAGCGCCUGAGGAAGGCGGGCGACUCCCCCCCGGAGAGAGACUCCCCGUCCGCAGAGGGAGCAGGGCUUUCUCCGCCCAGGGCCCGGGGGGGCCGCUCCAACAGCCUCCAGCCCGGGCCCCCCCACCUGCCCCCCAAGAAGUCCAGCUCCGGCCCCAGGAGGCUCUCCAGGAGCUCCAGCUCCAUCCAGAAGUACAUCAGGGUCACGAAGGCUGACCGGAAGCUGCAGAUCUUUGGGGACAAGCCCAAGGAGAACGACAACGAGCAUUUCAAAGGGAUCAUCUUCACCAUCUUGUGGGAGAAUUUUGACACGUUGAUGAUCCUGGCGGAAGACUUCUACAAAAAGGAGAAGCACCAGAUCACGCGGCCGGAGUUCCUGCAGGACACCUUUGAGCAGUGCAUCGAGGUCCUCGGGCAGAAGCUCCUCCACUACCAGCAGCAGACCGACGAGUUCCACGUGGCCAGCAUCUCCGAGUUCCGUGAGCAGCUGCGCUGCUUCGAGGAGUGCCUGCCCGCCGUGGCCCGCCUGCUCCUGGGCCGCCUCCUCCGGGACCACGAGCAGCAGCUCUCCGAGGCCGCCGAGCAGCUCCGGAGGCAGCUCCAGGCACAGCUCCAGAUGUGGGACGCCGCCAAGGGGACUUCCGGCCUCCCUCCCUCCCUGCCUCUCCUUCCAGGACCAGACCAAGGCCAAGCUGUGCCCCACGCUGGGCCACCCGCACAACCUCCCGCAGCUGGAGGCCUUGUCGCAGGAGGAGGCCGAGCGGCAGCAGAACCAGGCCCAGAGCAUCUGCCUCUGCACCCAGCAGCUGGAGGCCUCGGCCAUCGGCUGUGCCCAGCGCUUCGUCCAGGCCUUGUCCUCCUGCACCGAGAGGAUCCUGGUGGACCUGGACCAGAGCCUGACCAUGGACGACGUGGAGCUGGGCAAAGUGGAGGUCCUGCGGGAGAAGACCAGCACGCUCCUGCGGCGCAAGAAGGCCGGCCUGUCCUUGGAGGCCGAGGAGGGGCGCCUGGUGGCCGAGCGCGGGGGCAGGACGUGGCCGGGCCUCCCCAGGACCACCCUGGCGGGGCUGCCCAACCAGAUCCUCUGGCGCGAGACGGCCCCCGUCACCACCGCCAAGACCACGCUGGGACACGUGGCCGCCCUGGAGGAGAGGGACGCCGUCUACGCGAGGUUCAAGCAGGUGCUGGAGGCGGAGUUUGCGCGGAUCCAGGCGGAGAGCACGGCCCACCUGCAGAAGGCCCAGCACUGGGCCGGCUGGUGGCGCAAGUCGGUCCAGAAGAUCAAGCAGCUCUACGCCCCCUGACCCACGCGGCACACGCGGACUCGGGAAAGAAAUACAUUCGUUGGAGGAAUGACGGGUCUGUGCUUCUUUGGGGGGGGGGGGGGAGUGAGUGACAGGAAGCGAGGACCAUCUAGGUGAGUGACAGGAAGCGAGGACAUCUAUGGCGGGCAUCCUAAGAGGUUGUGAGGAAUAUAUCUCCAUGUUCCGGAAGCAUUCUCUCCUGACGUUUCGCCCACAUCUAUGGCAGGCAUCCUCAGAGGUGAGGAAUAUAUCUCCAUGUUCCGGAAGCAUUCUCUCCUGACGUUUCGCCCACAUCUAUGGCAGGCAUCCUAAGAGGUUGUGAGGAAUAUAUCUCCAUGUUCCGGAAGCAUUCUCUCCUGACGUUUCACCCACAUCUAUGGCAGGCAUCCUCAGAGGUUGUGAGGAAUAUAUCUCCAUGUUCCGGAAGCAUUCCCUCCUGUCGUUUCGCCCACAUCUAUGGCAGGCAUCCUCAGAGGUUGUCAGGCAUGGAGAGACUAGGCAAGGAAGGUAAAUAUAUAUCCGUGGAGAGUUCAGGGUGUGACAAGAGUCCUUUGUCAGUUGGAAGCUAGCAUUAAUGUUUCAGUUAAUCACCCUAAUUAGCAUUGGAAAGGUUUUGUCUCUUGCCUGGGGGGCAUCCUUUGUUCACCUCUGAGGGUGCCUGCCAUAGGUGUGGGCGAAACGUCAGGAGAGAAUGCUUUUGGAACAUGGCCACACUGCCCGAAAACUGCUAUUCCACCUGGCCAACAAAAGGAUUCCCAUAAGCCACAGCAACGCAUAGCCGUGCAAAGCUAGUAUACAUAUACAUAAUAUCAUUUACAAUAAUAUAUAAUAUUAUAAUAUAUUGUAUAUGCAUAUAAUAUUAAUAUUAUUUUGUAAUGCAAUAUAAUAUUAAUAAUACAAUAUAAUAAUGUUCAUUAUAUAUUACAUGUAAUAUUAACAAUAAUAUUACAAUAUAUUGAUACAGUAUAAUAUAGUAUUUUAUUGCCAGUAUUGUGCUAUGCUAAUCAUAUAAAAUUGUAUGUCAAUUUAAUUUGUAAGCCGCUCUGAGUCCCCUUCGGGGUGAGAAGGGCGGGAUAUAAAUAGUAUAAUAUAUUGUAUAUGCAUAUAAUACUAAUAAUACAAUAUAAUAAUGUUCAUUAUAUAUUAUAUAUUACAUGUAAUAUUAAUAAUAAUAUUACAAUAUAUUGAUAUAGUACAAUACAGUAAUUUAUUGCCAGUAUUGUGCUAUGCUAAUCAUAUAGAAUUGCAUGUAAAUUUAAUUUGUAAGCCGCUCUGAGUCCCCUUUGGGGUGAGAAAGAAGGGCGGGAUAUAAAUGUAGUAAAUAAAUAAAUACUGUACACGAACGAAGCCGGUGAAACGAAUACCGCGCACACCUCUACUGUCAAAACAUUGCCCGUUUUAAUGAAAAGGUUAAUUACACUGCUGUGUGUGCACAACACAAGGCGAUCGUGUGCCGAUUGGUACAAAAACAGACCGAGUCACGCCGGGCGCAGACGCACCGCACUCGCAAACAGGAAGGGAGGGGGGAGGGAGGAGAGGCGGGGCUCUGUCACCUGCCAAUCACUGUCAACGUGCCGGCGGGACUGCACGGGAUGCCUCAAGGGGAGAUGGAGGAUGCGGAGGGACGGAGGACGGGCGGUCGGAGACACGGACACACUCACACUCACACUCACUCAGCUUUGUGCCCCUCUUCUGCCCUCAGGGAAGCCCCGUCAUCGGCAGAACGGGCUGCCCGGUUCCGGCCGUAAAAGGGGCCGGAAAGGGAAGGGACCCUUUGGACUCCGACUCCCACCAUCCCAAAAGAGCAGCAGCACUGUGGGCGAAAGUGGCCGAGGCAUCGGUCGGGGAGUGUGGGAGUGGGAGUCCAAAGCCCCAGUUGCCCCGGUUUGCCCAACGGUCGGGCCGUCCCUUCCCCUCCGCCGUCUCUCUCUCUCUCUCUCUCGCACACACUCACAAGGAGACCACACUCACCAAUGGACUCUAAGCAGCAUUAGUAAAAUGUACAAAUCCCCGUGGACUAUUUACACUCGCAAUAAAUACUGGCCGGGGAAAGAGACUCGUAAACUCGGUUCCGUUGUCGCCGCAUCUUUGCAAAGGGAUCAGCGAGUCCCCGCUUCAAUGGCCGACAUCUCCCGUCCGUCAAAACACAGAAGUGGUCACUCACCCAAGGGAAGGGCCAGGCUCCCACGCACCGCCCGGAAGAGGGCAACGCAGCCACCGAUCUCUCUUUCGAACCCAAGACGAGGGAGAAGAACAGCAGGGAAGAGGGGCAAACGCAGGCCCAGCCCUGCUCUUCCUCGGUUUCCUCCUCGGUUUCCUCCGGGACAGACAGAGGCUCCUAAGGCAGACGGGUGUGUGUGUGUUGCGCCACAGGGCCUUUUGCACCUUGGUUUUUAAAAAAGGCUUUACAAAAUCUCUGCUAAAAAAAUCCCCAGAAACGCAGCGGAACGGCUGAAGGCAAGGAGCGGCCUUUCCGAGGCCUCGGGUUCGGCGACACGAAGCCACAAAUGGCUCAGACGGGAUGGGCCGUGGUGGCGGCGGCAUCGUUGUCCCGUUGUCGAGAGCUGCCUUGGCACGUGUGUGUCAUGGUAGCAGUGGCGGCAUCGUCCGUUGUCGGCCGAGAGCAGGCCCGGCACCCGUCCCGUCGGGCUCAGAAGAUGCCCUUGGCGAUCUUGAGGCCCUUCUGCUUCAUCCGUGGCAGAGUGGAGCUGGAGCCGUGCUUGAGUUUGGCGGCAGCGGCAGAGGCCCGCGAGAAGCCCCUCUUCUUGAGGACAAAGUCGUAGUUGGCGGCUGAGUUCAUGGCGUAGAAGACGUUGGCGUUGUCUGGGAUCUUGAGCUCUGCAGAAAGGAAGGAGGAAUAUAAUCAUCAUCAUCAUCAUCAUCAUCAUAAUAACUCAGCCGCUAUCAGGACCUCAAGAUUGAACUUCAAAGACUCUGGCAGAAACCAGUGCAGGUGGUCCCCGUGGUGAUGGGCACACUGGGUGCCGUGCCAAAAGAUCUCAGCCGGCAUUUGGAAUCAAUAGACAUUGACAAAAUUACGAUCUGCCAACUGCAAAAGGCCACCCAACUAGGAUCUGCAAGAACCAUCCGCAAAUACAUCACCCAGUCCUAGACUCUUGGGAAGUGUUCGACUUGUGAUUUUGUGAUACAAAAUCCAGCAUAUCUAUCUUAUUUGCUGUGUCAUAAUAAAAUAAUAAUAAUAACUUUA